AUGGCUACAACAAAGGAAGAUUCAGCAGCUUCUGAAUCAGUUAUUUCCAGUGACAAUGGAACAGUUGUUGGUGGUGAUAAUCGACCAGUUACUAACGGUGAUGAUCGACCUGUUGUUGGUGGUGAUGAUCGACCAAUUGUUCGUGGUGAUAAUCGACCAGUUGUUGGUGGUGAUAAACGACCAGUUGUUAAUGGCGAUGAUCGACCAAUUGUUCGUGGUGAUAGUCGACCAAUUGUUCGUGGUGAUAAUCGGUCAAUUGUUCGUGGUGAUAAUCGACCAGUUGUUGGUGGUGAUGAUCGACCAAUUAUUCUGGAGGGAGGAAUUAAAGGUUCUGUGGUCACGGUCAAUAGAACAAAGCACUAUGCCUUUAUCAAAAGACGAGAUAAACCAGGAGAUCGUGAUUUAUUCGUUAGAGAAGCGUCUAUUAUUGGUAGUAUUCGUGAUAAGAGAUUCUUUAUAUCAGACUUAUGUAAGUUUGAUAUUGUUCAAACUAAACGUGGUGUUGAAGCAGUGAAUGUUCAAAUAAUUGAUCGAACUGUGCCUAGUAUUUCAACACUACCGAAAAUCUCGAAAAAAAAACAAGUAACUGAAGAAAAUCAAGUUUCGGCUAAUUUAUUCAGAUCCACAAUUAAUAGUGAUAAUCGUCAUGGAAGUUCAUCUUUACUUUAUUCAUCAAAUAAAUCAUUAUAUAAUGAAUCAAAUUUUGAAGAGAAUGAUGCUGGUUUAUCAAAAUUAGCAUUCGUUUUAAAUUCUAAUGUUAAUAUAACAUGUAAAGAAGUACGUGGUUUAAAAUAA